AUGGCUACAUCCUACGUGACGGAGUCGUUGGUUGGUCCUGCAAGCGCGCGUGGCUCAUCGUACACCUACACGUACGAAUCACAUUACGAUAAUCCUCCUGAUGAUGAUGAAGAGGAUCGCUAUGCUGCAGUUGAGGGCAGUACUUCACAUCAAACACAUAAGGUCUUUAAAUUGUUUCUGUAAAG